AUGUUCGCCGUUCCAGGAUGGUCGGUAUCUUCAAGUCUGCUGAAGGCCGAGAAACCAGAAGGUUCCAAAUCAGUCGCGAAAGUCACAGACCCGGAAGCUGUGAUUGAGGGCGAGUCGAAGAAGAGCAGCAAGAAGCGCAAGCGCAAUGCUGCAAUUGAGAAGAAUGGUCCUAAGAAUGUUGAUGUAAACAAUAUGGAGGAGUUGUGGGAGACUGUCAUUGAAGGGAAGCCGAAAGAGAAGAAGCAUAAACAAAAGCACGGAGAGAAGAAGCAGAAAGUCGCCGACGAGGAUAUGGCGGAUGAUGUUGCGGAUGGACAGGAGGACAAGGCCUCGUCAGGGCACAAAUCUAAGGACGGAAAGAAGCCAUGGGAUAGUGGCUCAGCAGAUGAAGCCAAGGAUCCAGAGGAAGCGGGUACGAAGGCAGCCAAGGACAGAGUCAAGAAGGGCAAAACGAUGAAGGAGAAGAAGCGUGAGAAGAAAGCCAAACUCAAGGCUCUUGCAGAUGGCACGGCUCCAGAUCAAACAAAUACCACCACCACCACCUCAGACUCGAUAAAAGGACCAGCACCCAAAGCCACAGCUCCUCAACCCCCCAAGCCGACACUCACUCCCCUUCAAGCUAGCAUGCGCCAAAAGCUGAUCUCAGCACGCUUCCGCCACCUCAACCAAACCCUCUACACCACUCCCUCCGCUCACUCGCUCUCUCUCUUCGCCGAAAACCCAGAGAUGUUCACCGAAUACCACGAAGGCUUCCGACGACAAGUAGAAGUGUGGCCCGAAAACCCCGUUGACGGCUACCUCUCCCAGAUCCUCUCGCGCGGCCCAAUCCGUGGCCCAUCACGCGGUAACCCCCUCGACAAAACCAAAGAACAGGCUCUCCCACGCACAGAAGGCACAUGCGUUCUCGCAGAUCUAGGAUGUGGCGACGCUGCCCUCGCUACAAGCCUGCAGCCUCAUCUCAAGAAAUUGAAACUCAAAAUCCACAGUUUCGAUUUACAAUCCCCGUCGCCUCUCGUCACAAAAGCAGAUAUCGCCAACCUCCCACUCAAAGACGGCACUGUCGAUAUAGCGAUCUUCUGCCUCGCGCUGAUGGGAACGAAUUGGGUCGAUUUCAUCGAAGAAGCGUACCGCAUCCUGCGGUGGAAAGGCGAGCUCUGGAUCGCUGAGAUCAAAUCGCGAUUUGGACGUGUUUCGAAUGCUGGUGCAGGAUCCGGCAACAAGAAAGUAGUUGAACACAGUGUUGGGAAUAGGAAAAGGCCCCUAGACAAAAAGGCCAAAAAGGCAGCCGAUGAAGCAGCGGACGAUGAGGUAGCCGCUAUUGAGGUUGAUGGACAGGAAGAUCGAGGCGGCGAGACGGACGUUAGUGCGUUUGUGGAAGUGCUGAGGAAACGUGGGUUUGUCCUGAGAGGCGAGGGACAGGGUGGUGAGAAAGCGAGUGUGGAUCUAAGUAAUAAGAUGUUUGUGCGGAUGUGCUUUGUGAAGGGGACAACACCGAUUAAGGGAAAAUGCGUACCUGCUCCAAAGGGGGCGGAGGAGUUUGCGAAGGGCGGUGUGAAAGGUGGUGAGACAUGGAAGAGGAAAGCGCCGAAGGGGAAGUUUGGGGAUGAGAAGGGCGAAGAGGACGAUGUGCAUGUUAGUAGCGAAGCAAAGGUCUUGAAACCUUGUGUUUAUAAGUUGAGAUAG